AUGAAAGGUUCAUUAGGAUUCUUAUUGGUUGGAACUUCUAGUUAUCUUGGUAGAAAUUUGAUAUCUUUAUUUCCGUCUCAGCAAAUUCUUUUUUUUCCACAAGGGAUCGUGAUGUCUUUCUAUGGGAUCGCCGGUCUUUUUAUUAGCUCCUAUUUGUGGUGCACAAUUUCGUGGAAUGUAGGUAGUGGUUAUGAUCGCUUCGAUAGAAAAGAAGGAAUAGUGUGUAUUUUUCGUUGGGGAUUUCCUGGAAAAAAUCGUCGCAUCUUCCUCCGAUUCCUUAUAAAAGAUAUUCAGUCUGUCAGAAUAGAAGUUAAAGAGGGUAUUUAUGCUCGUCGUGUCCUUUAUAUGGACAUCAGAGGCCAGGGGGCCAUCCCCUUGACUCGUACUGAUGAGAAUUUUACUCCACGAGAAAUUGAGCAAAAAGCUGCUGAAUUAGCAUAUUUCUUGCGUGUCCCAAUUGAAGUAUUUUGA